UUAACAAUGAAUUAACAUGAUAAGAAGUGCUUUAUAAACAUUGACGGUUGUUGAUGUCAUAUUCAUAAAAAGUUCAAAGAGAGGAAUAAAGUUGGUCGAGGAAAUGAAUAAAUUUUUGUUGAACGGAAUGAUAUUUGUAAUAAUAUCUUAUGUGAAGGGAAAGAGAUUUCCUUCGCAAGAAUUAUUUAACCUUCCACCAUCGACGGAAUCGAUUGUGUCUAGCCAGUUUUGCAGCAGUGGAUUCUCAGAUGUGUGUUGUAACUGCCAAGAUAACUGCAUGAGAUACAAGUCAUGCUGCAUUGAUAAACUAUGGAAUGAAACGAUAUCAAUAAAACUGACUGAUUAUUUAAACAUAUUUGUAAAUGAAUUUAAAAAAUACAAAGACUACACUUGUGAAACACUUUUGAAACCUCUAGCAAGUAGAUUUGGCACCCGCACAGAGAGUUUUUUAAUGGUAUCUUCUUGUUUACCGGGAGCUGACAAACAGGAUGUAGAAAAAUGCUUAAACAGAAAAGAUGAAACAUUUGAAACCAAUAUUCCAGUAUUUGGAAUCGACAAAUACAUUUAUAGAAAUUUAUAUUGUGCUAAAUGUAAUUUUGUGGAUAGCUUCCAGGUACUAAAUGUGAGUGCGACAUGUGAGACAGCCUCUUAUAGAAAUUUCACAACAAAUCCAUUCGAACAAUAUGGGAAAUGUGACUUUGAAGUUAUUCCUACACAUAACAUUUAUCCAUACUAUCAAUCGUGUAAUGACUGGAGUAAAUGGGAUAAAACAUGUUCAAAGGAUAAUCCAUAUCACGAUUUGUGCAAAGCCUACACUGGGUUAUUUUCUAAUUAUGCGAAUUACCAUUGCUACUUAUGUAGCACCAAUCACACAACAGUAGAAAUACUUCCACCAUUUGGGCAAGGUUGUAGAAUUUCUCCGGUUGGUCGAAAAUAUGGAUUCUCCAUCACAAUAAGUUACUCAGGAGCUACAAACGUUGAAAUAAGAGGCGAGGAUGGUUCCGAUCUAAAAAAUACAGAACUCUGCAAAGAGGGAUAUAGAUUUGACAUUAUACAAGGGAAAUGUACAAAAAUAACAUGUGCACAUGGUUAUAUGCUUUCUGGUGCAACAUGUGUUCGUCGACCUGCACCACCAGUUGUAACAUUCGUAACUACACCAAAAGCUGAAAGCUGUUUCUUGAAGCAUCACCCGACAGUAUUUAUUACGUCUCUUACAUCUAAAUUCUCCUACUCAAUGUUCAUGAAAGAAUCUGAGAGUGUGUUUAACAGCAGUGAUGAAACGUUCCAUAAUGUCACCUUUGAAAACAAAAUUGUAUUCAAAAGAGAUAAACCUAUAGCGAAGGCGGAAUAUCGAGAAUUGCAAAAAAAACUGACUGGCAAAAGUUCAAAAGUUUGGAAUCAACAUUAUACAAUAUAUUUGAGUUCCGUUACAAAUCCAGUUUUUACACAAUUGUAUGGAAUUGAUAUGCCUAGAACAUUUCCGCAACAAAGAAUUUGUGCUGAAUUAAAGUUAUUCAAAAUGAAUGAAGGUAACUUCACCACAAAGUGUAGCAUUAAAAUCCAGAACAAGACCUAUAUCUCAACAGACACAGUUUUUUGGGUGACUUUUAGAAACGGACGUGUCAACAAAAGUUUUGCUGCGUGUGAAAAAUACCACUUACAUUCGAGCUGCAUAUUAACCACAAUCAAAUCAAAUUAUACUAUUAAUGAGAACAAGACGCUGAUUUAUUACACAGAAUUAUCCAAACCUAAAUUUUAUCAAGUUGAUGAAUAUGUACCAUUGAGAAAUGGUUAUGGAGUUUGCAAUACAGAAACACCAAGAAUAAAAACAUAUAAAUGGAUUGAAACAGUGCAGAAUGUGGAAUAUUACAUCUCCAUCGUUGGUUGCUCCAUCAGCAUUGUAUGCUAUCUUUGGAUAUUAAUAACCUUUACCCUUUACAGUGAGUUGCGUAAUUUGCCAGGGUUAAACACAAUGGCUUUAUGCUCCACUCUUCUAUUAGCCGAUCUAUCCUUUAUUAUUGGAGUGGAGAAUAAUGACAACGAAAACAUUUGUAAAGCAUUCAGCAUUAUUUUGCACUGGGCGCUGCUCACUACCAGUAUGUGGGUUGUUGUUGUUGCUUAUGAUCUCUCUGUAAAGUUCAGUACAAUAAAAGUAUCAGGGAAGCAUAAUUUUAAAAAGAUAUUCAUCCGAUAUUUUAUCGUUGCCGUAACCAUUCCAACCUUAAUUGUGGGCGUCACUGUCCUUCUAGAUGGAACCGAUUCUAUCAAAGUUGGCUAUGGAGAAAACAACGUGUGCUGGAUUGGAAGUUUUUAUGCGCUCCUAGCAUCAUACAUCAUUCCUGUGUCUAUUAUAUACAUUCUAACAGGUAGUGCCUUAGUGUUUACGAUAUAUAACAUCCAUGUUGAAAACAAAAGAAGUAACAAGAUAUUAGGAACAAGUUGUGGUAGAGAAAAUAUCAACGUUCGAAAGGUGGCUUUGAAGCUAGUUUGUAUUCUGGGUAUUACAGAAGGACUUGGUUUCGCACAGAUACAUGGCUUUAAUCUGAAACAAAAUGAGUUAAUAUUUAAUUCGGUAUUUGGUGUAGCUUAUGGGUUUACAAGAAGUUUGCGGGGACUCGUAUUAUGGAUCGUAUAUAUAUGCAAUGAACUUGUGUUUAGCUUGUACAAAUCAUCGCACAAGAAAUCUAACCAAACAGAAUCUAAGAAUCGUGGCAGCACAUUGCCAUUGACAGAUCUUUCUGGAAAUAAGUAUAACUCUACUCAAGAGUAAAAGUUGGAGCAAGUUUCCUGGACGUUAAAUGCACCAACAAUAAAUACUUCAAGCGAAGAGCAAAUCAUAUUACAUACUAUAACGCAUACACUUCAAUCAAAUGAACUGCUAGAACGAUUUGCUAAGACAAAGAUUGAAUUAACGUUGAAUACGUCAAAACAGAAAAUCAGUAAAUAAAUAUUUAGGGGAUUAAACUACAUGUGUCUUUCUAUUAGCAUUUUUUAAAACUUGGUUUCUAAUACCAUAUGAAAAUGUUGAACGUCUUCUGUACAACAACGGACAUUAUCAUGCAAUGGAAACAAGUAAGGCAAGAGAUAAUGCGCAUCUAUUUUGGAAUUUAUUGGUAACCAAGCUUAAGAGGUUGGUAGAUGAUAGCAGGCUUUUGCAAAAUAAAAUUUAAGUCGCUCAGACUAGUCAUUUAUACUUAAAUGAAAAAAUUAUUUCGCUGAAGAAAUUUUCACGUAUCGAAGAUAUAAGAAAAUCUUCCAAACAUCAAAUCUGAAAAUUAGGGUGCAUUUUUAUGUAUAUCCAGGUAUUUGUUUUUCAAAAAUAGGUCAGGAAUCUACUUUAAGGGCAGAAAAUUUCGUGUUGUUCGCGUUUUUUGGUCUUUUUCGCGAAAGUUGAUGCCGUUGGAAAUUUUAAAUCAUCAAAACUCAAAAGUUUUUUCACCACAAACAGUCAAAAAAUAGAGAAAUCUCAAAGUUAGUGAUUUAUUUCCUAUUUAAUCAUGAACUACAAUAACAUUUAGUGUUUUUAUUUUUCUUUGGUGCUGCGAACAACUCUUGGGUAUCCCAUGCUCGUCCCCGGUGUUCGUUGCCAAUGUCAAAGCCGCUAGCACUUACUUGACGGCUAAGCUAGUCUUGAUGUCAAAAGGCAAAAGCCCCUAGGGCUAAGUUCAGCAAAAAUUUCUUCUCACAAAAGUUUUUGUUUUUGGUAUACUUAAAUUCGGCACUUUUCAAGACGUAAGUAUUGAAGCCACAUACAUUGCAAUGCAUUGAUCUGCCGCUCUUAAUCUAUCCCAAGCACUCUUUCGAAUGCGUGUUUAUUGCGAUAAAACGGAUUAAGCGUGUCUAAUUUUGUAAGAUUUGACUGCUCAAACGCUUUUUUUUU